AUGAAAGUUAUGUUUGUGGUGAUUAGCCGUUACCCCAGCGACCAGUCGAAGGCGAAGGCUAUAUUUUGAUCAGUGCUCAGUCCAUAUGGAAUAACCAUGGUGAAAACCGCGCGCUCAGAAUAAGCGAGUUUGAAUUUUAAAAAAUACUAUUCCAUCAAGCAAAAUUUUUUACCCCUUUUAUCAUAAACUGACCUAAUCGAAUAGCACCUCUAGAGAUUGUUUAUUUAGUUAGAUGCUGGUACAGGUAGAUACCUGAGUGUCGCAAUUUUUUGUUCAAAAAGUUAGCGUGAUUUUGAAUAGGUACGUAGGUAUAUUUUGGACAUUGUGUAUGAUGACCCAGAGCAGUUCAACAUCUGAUAAAUUUCAAGGCAAUGGACGUUCUGUUGUUAGUGAAGAAAAAUUGAUGGUGGCGGUGCGUGUCCGACCGCUGCGCGUCGAUGAAGGUCCCCGCAUCGUGCACGUGGUCAGCGAUAAGAUGCUAGUUCUGGAAGAAGAGGCGGACAUCCGAAAAGAUGUGCUUCGUCAGCGUCGUCUCAACGAGAAGCAUUACGUCUACGACCGCGUCUUUGGCGAAGAAAGCACACAAGAAGAAGUUUACGAAGCGGUGUGUGCGCCUCUCGUCGGCGACACCUUGAACGGGAUCGCGGGUGCAAUCUUCGCGUAUGGCGCCACCGGGGCCGGCAAAACGCACACCAUGACCGGGCUCAUGUCCCGGGCCCUAAACCAUCUCUUCACGUCCAUAGCGGAGAGUGAUGUACCUGACUCUUACGAGGUGAAGAUGUCCUACAUUGAGAUCUACAACGAAAACAUACGAGAUUUACUAAACCCCAGCCUGGGUCCGCUAGAAUUACGUGAUGAAGGGGGCAGUGGACCACCGGUUGUCGCGGGGUUGAGCGAGGUGCGUGCUAAUGACGCAGCUCACGUUGCGGAGCUGUUAGCGAGAGGCGAUCGCGCGCGUACCGCGGAGGCUACUCAUGCGAACCAGCAGUCCUCACGGGGGCAUGCUUUAUUGAGUGUAUCAGUGAGCAAGUCCGUUUCGAAGGGCGUACAACGUGGCAGACUUUUCCUCAUCGACCUGGCAGGCUCGGAGCGCGCCGGGCUGCGCGCGCGCCGGCUGGAGGGCGCGCACAUCAACCGCUCCUUGCUCGCACUCGGCAACUGCAUCAUGGCUCUUUCCGGAGGUGCUAGGUACGUGAACUACCGCGACUCGAAGCUCACGCGGUUGCUGCGCGAGGUGCUGGGCGGGCGCUGCCGCACGGCCAUGGUGGCGCACGUGUCGCCCGCCGCCGCCCACCGCGACACCACGCGCUCCACGCUGCACUACGCGCAGAGAGCCUCUGCCAUUACUAAUAAAGUUGAACGCGAAUUAAUUGAAACUCCAAUGCACUUAUCGCAAUAUCGUACGGUAAUAAAUGAACUAAGGGAGGAGAUUGCACGUCUCAAGACUAAAAUGAAAGAUGAUCGAUCAAGGAAAAAAGAAGAUGAGCAGAAAAUAGAAGAGACCAUAACAAAAGAAGAAUCGGAAGAAAAGACGGCCCACUUGAAAUCUCUGCGCGAAGCGAUCGUGUCAACGUUCAAGCAGCAGAUGCGGCUGCGGCGCCGCCUCAUGGAGCUGGACAGCAACCUGCUGGGGCUGGCGCUGGACGCCGAGCGCCAGCACGCCACCAUCUCGCACUGGGAGGCGCGCUUCAACAGGCUCUACAAGCCCAUCAGCUUCACCGGCUCCAGGCUGAGCACGCAACAAAGUUAUAGAGGUGGAACGGGCAGUGUAAACAGCGUGGGCAGUGAGCGUGCUGAAGCAGAAAUAGCCGUGGAGCAGGCGUGGGCCGAGCUCGCGGCAGUUGAACGCGAGCAGGAAGCGGCGCGAUCAGAGCGACACCGUGUGGAGCGGCAGCUGGAGCAAGUGCGACUUAGGGGCGCACAGCUGGAGCAGGAGCUGCCGGCGUACAUCGAGAGCGGUCCGGAGCGCGAGGUGCUGGCGCUGGUGUGUCGCGUGCACGAGCUGGAGGCCGACAAGCUGGCGCUGCAGGGCGAGCGCGCGGCGCGCGCGCACGAGCUGCGGCGCCGCGACCUCGCGCUGCAGCGCCGCGAUGCGCAGCGCCGCCUCACCGACGAGAUCAUCACCAGGCAGCGACGCGCUCUCGAGGAACUUGGUAUUGGAGUCCAGCCUGAUUUGUCCCAGUUGUACGAGCUCUACCAGCAAGAAAUUCAUGCUUCCACCUACACGGAAAGUAAUGAAUAUUCGCCCUAUCGCCUACCACCUAUUUCUUCCAGCGUGUCGGAGAUAACAUGGUCGGAAAGCUCGAGCGGGUCCGGGCGCGGCUCCAGCUCGGGGUCUGGAGGCACGCUGGCGCUGGACCACCAUCUGCCGCAACUGGCGCCCACCCCGCGACCACGCACCAGAUACAGUCACGCAAGUGCUGCAACGCUCAAGCGGUACUCCAGCGACGACAGUCUGGUGGUCACAGCACCCCGUGGCAAUGACAGAGCAGCGCCUUGAACCGACAUUAUUCAUUUUGAUCGGGUUUUUCCUAAAAUGCAUCUACAUACAUGCAAGUAGAAGCGAAUAAUUAUUUUU